AUGGACAUCGCCCCUUCCAGCUCCUGUGCGCUGCGAAAGCGCCUGUGGGGUCUCUUCAACAUCUACUCAGCGGUGAUGCCGAACAGCGAUGGUGUCUGCGAGCUUUCUGAGGCUCGGCGGCUCGAGGUACCUCGCUAUCGCUCGUGCCUUGAUGCCCUCGCGCGCCUUAGCAGCUUUCGUAACUUAUUUCUUGGUAGCGAGGAUGACAUGGCCAUACGGGCAGCCUCUACGCAGCUGCAAUCCAGGCUAAUACAGGAAACGCUGUGGGGAGAAGCGGUGAAGCUAGAUGUAGAUUGUGCUCGGCAGCAGCGGCGCCUGAACCCCCUUGAGGUGCAAAGAAGUACAGCCCCUUGGCUCAGUAAUGACCUCGACGCCGACAGAGAUGUGUUUGGUAGAGCGCUCUACAGCUCGGCGGCCUGCAGCCAUGGCGGUGAUUCAACGCCCAACGAAGACGCCGGUGCAGCUGACGAUGUAAAGGGCAGUAUUUCAUGGAACGCACUGUAUUCGGUCGUUGUCCUCUACCUGUACGAUCAGCAUUGCUUUCACCGCUCUUUUCUUGCACCUGAAGUCGACGCGCUGCGAAGCGGCCACAAUGAAGCCAAGACGAUGCACACAGGCGGCCUGGAUGGUGCGUAUGUGAAAGUGAAACAAAUCCAUGUGGCCGCAAUGGCACCGCUGGUGCGUCGAAAGACAACCUAUGCGAGUUGCGCUACCCCUGCAGGCGCGACUCAGGCAGCCGAGCAGCGACCUUGUGACGGCGCUACCACCUCUACAUCCUCAUUGUGGUAUGUGAAUCCGUCAUUUUCGUCACAGGGUACUCAGUUUCAGCAGCCCACCUUGAAGAAUGCGGUGGGCCAGCACGUAGAAGAGGAACAUGCCGGCAGGUCACUCAAGCCGGUGUACACACCGCCGCGCCCUCCCCGGCAAAAUCCGCCACAGGCCUCCCCUGUGGUGCCUUCCCUUCGCUCACCGGUACCAACGCAGCAUCUCACGCACAUCGUCGACGCUUCUGCGCGUGCCGGUUCUAGUUCACGCUAUAUGGUAGGUUGUACUGAGGACUCGGCCAAGCCCGUCCCACCGCCACGCUGCAAGCACACGCGGCGCGAAGCAGCCGAACUCUCGUGUAAAGAACGCCACAUCGGUGUUGGGACCGAUGUGGAGGUCAUCAAUGGCCCACAGCCGGUUUUUUAUCCAGCCGUGUCAGUGUUGAUGUCCUCGUCCUCGAACCCAGCGCCGCCUGGGGCCAUUGCCAUAAUGCCGAAGAGAACAGCGGUGGAGGAUCGACGACAGUGGCUUGCCUCUCCGUCACCACGUCCACUUGAGGAUGCUGCAGAGGUAUUUGGAGAUGAACCCGGCGCCAUAGAAGCGGCGCCGGCUGUGGUUCGCAUUCGCAAACUGCGCCCCCAGUCGCCCUCCCAGCAGAACGCGAUGGUGACGCACCAGACGCACAAACAUCGGACCAGACAUUCUGACGCAGCGACGCUGAAGCCGGCCACUGAGAACACCAAGGCACCUGCUCAGCGACUGUACGCAACACGCCGGCCACAGGCUGCAAAUCCCGCGAACCUGGCAAAUGCCACACCGAAGUUGACGACCCAGAAAAGUGGCGCUGACACCGGCGCAGCCGCACAAAAGAUGUGCUCGUGCGUAUCCUGCCCGCUCGAUUCGCGGUCAAGACUCGCCGAGGCCUGGCUAGGCAGGUCCGAGUACUCGUGCGAUUUGACACCCCCGUCCACCAUUCCUUGUGAGGUGUGCCUCUGCGAAGUGAGGGGAGGUUCUUCCUCACUCGACAUCGGACUCGAGCGCGAGCGGACCGGCGAGCAAUCGGGCAGCAGCGGAGACGCUGAGGGCCGCCACACCACUGCAUUUGCCGUCGGCGCGCUGAGAGGGGCAAGUGUCGAGGCAAGCAAUGGCCGCGACUUAAUGCGACCCGAUUGGGUGCGUGGGACUUCCCCAGCAAAGCCGUCGCCCUCUCCCGACACCCCUCCUGCGCUGUUUAUGGCUUCGGUGGUGCCCUCCUGCGCCUCCUCAGCUUCGACACGGGAUGUGGAGGAUGCAGCAAACGAUCAGGAGAACCAGCUUCCUCCGACGCAGACUUCGCGGCGGCGCGGCCCCUUGCAUCAUAUUGCGCAGACCUUCCCCCUCACAACUGGCGAGCCUUUUGCGCCCCACUCCCUCAACCAAAGGCACCAGACUGGAGCAGUAGCAUCGCCGGGGAUGGUGAUACCGGUGUGGCACGCCACAGCACCGUCGCCAACACCUAGCCCACAUGAAGACGAGACAGAGGCAUAG